AUGCGAUUGUUGGCCCCUGGGAGGUGCCUGAGUGCAGCUGGCAGUGCGCCUGCCCCUGUCCUGUGCGAGGGCACGGCGUUGGGCCUCAGACGGAUUUUGCGCCCGGGCGACGGCACGAACGCGAGGGCCUGCCGGUGUGUCCACCACGAGCAUAUCGACAAGGCCGCCAAGCUGAUUACCAUGGGCGUCGUGGACAGCCCCGGCGGGCUGGCUCGAGCUCUGUUGGGCGCCAGGGUGAGGAGCUCCGAGGGAUUCGCCGGCCGCGCCCGCCAGGGCCCCAGGGCGGAGCCGCUCCAGGUUCGCGGGGCCUGCGACGCCAGAGCCACGCAGGGCGUGGCCGUUGGUUUCGAGAAGAAGGUCAGCUGCACCUCGGACUCAAUGAUAGAAUGCGCCAACGGCCUCGACCACCAGACCGCGGAUCCGGGGCGGAACACGCUGUUCGGGCGUCUCAGGUCUCCUGAGCCUGAGUUGCUGCUGCCGUCGUUGAGGGCGGACGCCGCCCCCAGCAGCAGCCAUUUGCAGCCUCGUGUGGAAGCGUCCUCGUUCCGGGAGCGCCGUCGCAAUCUGAGCGCGACUUUGAGCGGCUCAGUGGCCGUGCCCUGUCUCGUUUCCUUGGCCACUCCCGGGGCCGCAGUUCCGCGGGCAGCGGCGCUGUUCGACUACGGCCAGGUUCCCAUCAGAGCAGACGGGGCCCGCGCGCUGGUCGUGCGCAGUCUGACCCCCGAAGUCCACCUGACUGAGCUGGAAAGGCUCCUGGUGCAGUGCGGCGAGGUGGCGUGCAUCUGCAUGCUGUUGGAUAUGGCGGGGCGGAAACUUCGGCGGGCGCCGUGCGCGUUCCAGGCAACGAGCGGGGCGGAGUCGGCCGUUAGGCGUGCGUCCUUGCGUGGGGAAGGGGGCUGGGCCGCUGAGGCUCACUGCCGCCGCCCCGUCACGCUGGGACGGGCGGGCGGCGAGCGCGAUCGCCGUAGUGGGAAGGGCGAGGGGGCGAAGGCUCAGCAGUGCCCGCGAUGCUCGCGAGUCGUGCGCUGGAGCACCGGCGAGUGGAGAGUGCGCCGACCGCGGGUGGAGCUGCUUGGGAAAGCAUUGUGCGUGGGGUCCGCGCCUGCUGCAGGGUACGUGCGGUGGCGUUGCAAGCGGUACCACCGCGACAUCUGCGAGAGGUGCUACCAUCUCCGCCUGUGCGGGGAGCUGGUGGUGGCGGAGCAAGGGGAGGCUUCAGCGCGGAGUGGCGCGAGCCUUCGAGAGGCCAGCGAGCUGGCGCGGAGCCAGUCGGCGGCGGCAGAGGACGACUGGUCCAAGGAUGCCGAGAAGGAUGCGAGUGGCGCCCGGGUGGGCCGCUGCUUCUUGUCUGGCGCCGUCCGCGUUUGGCUGCCGCGCCGCUCCAUUGCGGGCGGCAGGCAGCUCGCGGACCUGGACGGCCUCGAACUUCCAUUCGAGGGACUUUUCGGGUCGGAGCAGAAGAAGGCCGCCGAGCUGCCGCACAAGCAGCCCGACAUUGACAGGAACACACGGCUGCUGGCGCUGCCCCGGCAGGAGGGCGGCCGGGCCGAUGACGAGGGUCAUGGCGGCUGGGCCUCCAGUGGCCUGGGGCCCGUCGGCGGUGCCCCGGCGCCGCCAGUCGCCGAGGCACUAGACCGUGAAUUGGACGCCUACUUUGGAAAGGUAGAGGCGGAGGAGAAUGGCCAGAGCAAGAAGGCCUUCGCCGAGCUUGCCCCAGGAGGCCCUGCGGCGCAGCCGCGCGAGGCCCCCGCGCCGGAGCCCGCGAGGGCCGAGCUGCCCGCGCCAGCGGAGGCGGGCUCCCAGGACGCCCCGCUUGCGCCGGCUCGCUGCGAGGCCACCGCGCCAGCGGCAGAAGAGGCGCCGCCGCCAGAGGCCCCAGCAGCGGCCGCCGAGGAGGAGGCGCAGCCGGACGCCGCACCUGCAGCGCCCACGGGGGAGGCCGAGCCCGCCGAGGCCCGCCCGCCAGCAGUGGAGGCGGCGCCGGAGGAGGCUCCGGCGGCUGUCGCGGAGAAGGCGAGGCCGGAGGCCGCGUCCGCAGCGCCCGCCGCGGAGGCGGAGCACGCAGAGGCCGACGGCGAGGAGGAGUCCUGGGGCAGCUGGGGCGCGAGCGGGAAGCGGCCCGCGGCGGAGGCCGACGGCGAGGAGGAGUCCUGGGGACGCUGGGGCGCCACGGGGACGUGGCCGGAGGAGGUGCCGAAGGCGCGGUUGCAGUACCGCGAGGUGGACUUCUCGUGCAACCAGCUCUCGGCGUUGUUCGCGAGGCUCGCGUUCGACCACGAAGCCUCCGAGCAGAAGGUGCUGGAUCUGUGCGGCCGCUGCGAUGGCCUGCAGAUCGUCAAGCUCUUCAGGUCGGUGAAUGCGACCAACAAGUUGUGCUUUUGGGCCCUGGCCAACUCCAUCGCCGCACGCCUGGACGACACAAUGGACGACAGCGACUGCGACGGCGAGUCGCCGGCCGGGAAGAAGGAGAGGCCCCUGGGCGUGCUCUCGCCGCGUACCGUCGAGGGCCGCUCCGAGACGCUCCGAGAUGCCUCCCUGGAGGCGCUCUGGAAGCUCAGCAGCCUCCCCCUCGCGCCCACGAUGGCCGGGCCGGCGGCGCUCAAGCUGCUCGGCGACAUGUGGAAGACGAACCUGACGCCAUCCAUCGUGAUCGCCUUCAGCUACAACGCUGGGAUCAGCUCGUGCCAGAAGGGCGAGCAGUGGCAGCGGGCCCUGGCGCUGCUCAGCGAGCUGCGGGAGGCGAGGCUGGAGCCAAACGUCAUCUCUACAGCGCUGGGAUCAGCGCGUGCGAGAAGGGCAAGCAGUGGCAGCAGGGUCUGGCGCUGCUCAGCGAGACGUGGGAGGCGAAGCUGGAGCCCAACGUCAUUCAGCUACAACGCUGGGAUCAGCGCUUGCGAGAAGGGUGAGCAGUGGCAGCGGGCCCUGGCGCUGCUGAGCGAGAUGCGGGAGGUGAACCUGGAGCUCGACGUUAUCUCUACAGCGCUGGCAUCAGCGCGUGCGAGAAAGGCGAGCAGUGGCCGCGGGCUCUGGCGCUGCUGAGCGAGAUGUGGGAGGCGAAGCUGGAACCCAAUGUCAUCUAAACCUACAAUGCCGGGAUCAGCGCGUGCGAGAAGGGCGAGCAGUGGCAGCGGGCUCUGGCGCUGCUAAGCGAGAUGCGGGAGGCGAAGCUGGAGCCCAAUGUCAUCAGCUGCAACGCCGGGAUCAGCGCGUGUGAGAAGAGCGAGCAGUGGCCGCGGGCCCUGGUGCUUCUGACCGAGAUGCGGGAGGCGAAGGUGGAGCCCAACGUCGUCAGCUACAGCGCUGGGAUCAGCGCGUGCGAGAAGGGCGAGCAGUGGCAGCGGGCUCUGGCGCUGCUAAGCGAGAUGUGGGAGGCGAAGCUGGAGCCCAACGUCAUUUCAGCUACAGCGCUGGGACCAGCGCGUGCGAGAAGGGCGAGCAGUGGC